ACUGGGGUGCCCACAGGAAUGAGGAAGUCCGGGAAGACGGCGUCGGCAGACAGCUCGAACUGCCCGCGCUCUACCCGCUCAAGCACCCGCUAGACGGCCUCGUGCAGGGGACCCAGCGCAGGCAUAGCGAAGGGUCACCAUACCCAGAGCCAGGUCCAGUGCUACGAUGAAGAGUCUUUGAAAUUCCGCUGGCCGGAGCAGAGGCCUCAUGACGCUUGAAGCCAGUCCUGCUUGCCGCCUCUCCGCACCAGCCCUUGACGAAGCUGCGCUUAUUCAACCAAUUCGUCCUCUGCUUUGCUACCUUCUCUGGGCUCUUCUCCCUCCACUGCCUCCACCUCUUGCCCUCUUCUUUGCAUCAUUCCUGCAUGGUGUUGAUAUCUUGGCGAACCAAGAGGUGCUUGUUCCUUGUGCUACACACAGCCCGCCCACUCUCCGCCCACCUGACCAGCUGAGUGCCGAGGGCGGGCUUCAUGAAGGCUACCAGCCAAGCGACUCUGAAUGGCUUUGCAUUGUACGCCAGCAUGGUGAAUAGCAAAUGGCGGAGGCGCCAUGCUGUGUGCACCUGGCAUACGACCCGCACUCUGUCUCCAGCGGGGA